UAUAAAUAAAAUGUAGAUUUUCCGAUUCUUUAUGCAAAUCUGAUAAAAAAUAUUCUUUUAAUAAUACAAACAAUAAUCUAAUUUUUGUGUUUGUAAUUUGAAAAAAAUAAUGUCCACUUUAUGGAAAUUAAAUAAAAAUGUUAGGUUAUUUGUUCGGCAUUUGAAAAAUACUGAAAGAUUAUAUUCAACCAAAACGAAAAAUGUGAAUCAAACUUAUCUUUUACUAGCUCCAAUAUGUGGGAGUGGUCUAGCUGUAUUUGGAUAUUGGGUUUAUUGUAAACAGUAUGAGAAAAAUCCCUUCGUAGUUAAUGCCGCUCGUCAGAAUAUAGAUGAAUGGGGACCAGUCGUACAAUUAACUUCCAGAGAACGUCGAUUCAUCAGAUUUGCAUCAGUCGAAUUCGAUGGACAGUUGUAUAUGACACCUCAAGAUUUUCUUGAAUCAGUUAUUGAGCAACAACCAAGACCUCGCCUUAAACGACGUAUUUUAACCAUGAAAGAAAUUGAACAAUUCCGCGAUGCAACGCCCAGUUUAAAUAAAGGUUCAUCGCAUUUGUUCAGGGAUAUGCGGGAUAAUGGUAUUAUUUCUUACACUGAAUAUCUAUUCUUGCUUUCAAUUUUGACAAAGCCUCAAUCUGGAUUUCGUAUUGCCUUUAAUAUGUUCGACACAGAUGGUAAUGAGCGUAUUGAUAAAAAUGAAUUUUUGGUAAUUCGGGGACUUCUAUCCGGUAGACUGAAAUCAAUGGCUGAAUUGGAUGAUUUCACUCGAAAUGAUAUGGAACGUAUCUUCAGUUACGCAUGGAAAGGUAAGCGAGGUAUAUCUGGUUCUCUAGAAGAAAAGAAAACCGAACGAAAUCCAGAGAAACAUGCGGAGCAAGAUCAAUACGUAAACGAUGAGACUGGUCUACAACGGCGACAUAUUGUCGAUACCAUGUUAACUGUUCACUUCUUUGGUAAAAAAGGCAAAGAUGAAUUACGUUUUAAUGGUUUUCGUAAAUUUAUGGAAAAUUUACAAACAGAAGUAUUAGAAUUAGAAUUUAAUGAAUUUUCUCGGGGCUUACCAACCAUUUCGGAAUUGGAUUUUGCGAAAAUUUUGCUAAGAUACACGUAUUUGGAUACUGAUGAAUAUGACAUGUACUUAGAUCGUUUAGUAGAACGCUUAAACGAAUCGGAUCGAAUAUCAUUCGAUUCAUUUAAAGAUUUUUGUCAAUUUCUAAAUAAUUUGGAAGACUUUACGGUUGCAAUGCGUAUGUACACACUAGCCGAUCGUCCAAUAUCGAAAGAUGAAUUUACGCGUGCUGUAAAAUUAUGCACUGGUACAACUUUAACACCACAUUUAGUCGAUACAGUAUUCGCAAUUUUCGAUGUUGAUGGUGAUGGAUUAUUGAGUUAUCGAGAAUUUAUCGCUAUUAUGAAAGAUCGAGUUCAUCGUGGACUUAAGUCCUAUGCAAAAGCUGAAGGUUGGGAUGCGUUCAAAGCUUGUGUAAAACAAGAAAUGAAAACGCCAACAUGGAAACAUUAAUUUGAUUAUUUGCCAAAAAUUUGAUUUUAUUCACAAUAUUACCAAUUACUACUAACCCCAAACUAGCUUUAAAAUAUGUUGUUUUUUAAUGAAAACUAGUUGAAAUUUUU